GAGACAGAGAGACAGAGAAAGAGAGAGAUCCCAGGAGACUGAUCUGGGUAGGAAUUCAGUGAAUAUGUGGUGAAUAAAUGAAAGUCAUUGCCUUAAAUCAAUUGUGCAUAGAACAGGUCUUCCAUGGGACCUUCAUUUCUAUUCAGUUCUAGAGAAGCAAUCUGAUUUUAGCUUAAACUCUGGAUUUUUCAUCCAGCCAUCAUUACUUAUGUGUGCCAUAUAAAUGAACUGCUUAAUCCCUCCAGAUCUCAGUUUCCUCAUCUGUAAAAUGAAAGGAUUCGACUAGAUGACAUCUUUAAACAUAUUUUAAAUGUGAUCUAUUAAUCUAAUAAGAUAAUUAAGUAAUACCAGGGUUGAAAUACUGGACUUGAAAUCUAAAGACCCAAAUUCCUACCUCAGAUAAUAGCUAUAUAACCGUGGGCAAAUAUCAACUUCAGUUUCCUCAUCUAUAAAAUGGGGAUAAUCAUAGCACCUCCUUCCCAGGGCUAUAGUAAGAAUGAAGUGAAAUAGCAUAAAGUACUUUGCAAAUCUUAAAACAAUAUAAAUGCAAAAAAGAAUUAUUAUUUUUAUGAUAAGCAUAUUAAGUUAUAAAUAUGACACACCUUCUGUGACACAGUGUGUCGGGAAUUGUUCUUGGCAUUGGAGAUAGAAAAAUAAAUAUCAAAAUGAUCCUUGGUCUCAAGAAGUUCACAUUCAAUUGGUGGGGGAAGGGUAGAAUAUGAGAGAGGGACAGAGCGUGCAUGGUGAUCAUUUGUGCAUAAUAGAUGUCCAGUUUCAUGUGCAGUCAUCUUUUUUUAAAAUAAUACUAUGUCAUGGAAAUACUUGUUUUAUUCCACAAAUUAAAAAUAAAAUAAUUUUUAAAAAUCAUAACUUAUAGCAUAAGAAUUGGAAAGUACGUCAGACACUAUCAGGUCCAAUCUUCCUCACCCAUUUUACAGAUAAGGAAACUGAGGCUCAGAUGGGGAAAGACAGACAAUACAUAUCAUAGGGAGGGUUUGAGCCCAAGUUCUAUAAUUACAAAGCUUUUCCUCCUUUAGGCAACUGAGUAUAAAGAUAAAGUAAAAAGUCAUUAUAUAAUCAGAUGAUCAGACACUGUUGUUGUUUGUCCUUAGUUCUCUAAGAGGAGUAGGACUUCAGGUAAAUAAUGUCAUGAUAUGCAAGUGGAUUGGAUUAAGUGAAGGAGGGCUAUGCAAGGUCACCUGCCUCAUUUUCCUCUUCAGAGCCCUCUAGCUCCAGUGGGUAGACAUAGAUCAGGACCACUGGAGAUAGUCCUGGGUGAAAUGGGAGACCUUGGUCUUUUUAAGCUAAAUUCUUUAUCAAGUCUGAGUUUGAGGCCAUAUCCAUUCAGUGAUUAAGGCUAGGUUGAAAUUGAGGCAAAUCACCUCUUUCACCAUCAUCAUCUAAUGCAUCAGCUAAUGCAAUUUCUUAAUUUUAGAAAAGUGAGAACAGUGAAAGAGGUUAAAGGACGCAGAGGAUCAUGGGUUUACAGCAGGAAGCUACAUCAAGCCAUCUCGUUUUACGGUAGAAAACUCUGAUACUCUGAGUUUAUGACCUUCCCAAGGUCACACAGGUAAAAAGGUUGGCAUCGGUAGGAUUUACAGCAAGGAUUUUUCAAAUCCAGGACCCUUUUCAGGGCAGCCUGCUGACUCAGUAUAGAAUCUGGGAACAAGAAAAACCAAGAAAAUAGAUAAAUCUUUGGUUAAUUUGGUUAGAAAAAGACAAAACAAAACAAAACAAAAACAAACAAAAAAAAUUACCAGCAUCAAAAAUGAAAAGGGAAAAUGAAAAAGAAAUUAAAGCAAUAAUUAGGAGCUAUUUUGCCCAAGUGUUUGCCAGCAAAUAGGACAACCUAAUUGAAAUGAUUGAAUAUUUCAAAAAUAUUAAUUGCCCAGAUUAACAGAAAAGGAAAUCAAUUAAACAACCCCAUGUUAGAAAAAAGAAAUUGAAUCUGGCAACCAUAUGUGCAAAACAGGAGUGUGCUGAAGCAGACUACAGGCUUGUUGUAGCUGAUUGUUAAAUUUUCAGUGUGAUAAUUUACUGGCAAAUACUACUAUUUUGUUGAUUUCUAGACUUUGUUAAAAGUGAUGAAGAAAAUGUUGAUCAUUAAGAUUAAAUUUAAAAGGGAUCCACAUGUGCCAAAAUAUUUAUGGCAGCCAUUUUUGUAGUGGCAAGAAACUGGAAACUGAGUGGAUGCCCAUCAGCUGGAAAAUGGCUGAAUAAGUUAUGGUGUCUGAAUGUAUGGAAUAUUAUUAUUCUGUAAGAAACGAUCAGCAGGAUGAUUUCAGAGAGGCCCGGAGAGACAUACCUGAACUGAUGCUGAGUGAAAUGAGCAGAACCAGAUCAUUGUGCAGGGCAACAACAAGAUUAUACAAUAAUCAAUUCUAAUGGACUUGUUUUUUUCAACAAUGAGAUGAUUGAAGAUCACAGAUCUUAUGAUGAACAGAGCCAUCUAUACUCAGAAAUAGGACUGUGGGAACUGAGUGUGGUUCACAACAUAGCACUUUCACUCUUUUUGUUGUUGUUUGCUGGCAUUUUGGGUUUUUUUUUCCCCUCACCCAUUUCUUUUUGAUCUGAUUUUUCUUGUGCAGCACAAUAACUGUAGAAAGAUGUACAGAAGAAUUGCACAUGUUUAACAUAGAUCGAAUUACUUGCCAUCUAGGGGAGAGGGUGGGAGAAGGGGGGGGGGGGAAUUAUGAACACAAGAUUUUACCAGGGUCAGUGUGGAAAAAUUAUCCACGCAUGUUUUGAAAAUAAAAAGCUUAAAAAAAAAUAAAAAAAACAAAACAAAAUUAAAUGUAAAAGUAUAUCUUGCAAACGCGUCCCCCUUGGACGUCCCCCCAGUGGAUGGUUAAACACGCAUGGGCAUUAACGGGUGCAAAAGCACUCUCCUUGUGCCCUGCAGCUACAUUGCUAAUAAAUUCCCUUCCUCCUCCAUUUUAGAGAUUAGCAAAAUCACAAGUGAGAGAGAAGCCUUUGGACUUUGGCCAUGUAGAGAAAAGGGGAAGCUCCCAGCGAUUCUAGCCUUUGCCUGCGCCCCUCUCUCACUAGAUCAGGCCGGAGCUGGGCAUCUUCCCGGGCCCCAGAAGCCGGUUUCUUGUCACUUGAGGAGUUUCUCGACCACAAUGGAGGGGAGACUGUGCGGCCCUUGUUAAAAUGAAUUGGUGGUUCUCAUCGAGCGCCGGAGGACAGGCCAUGAGAGCCCCCUUUGUUCCCCAGUCUGCUUCGGACUUCUCCCUGGCACCAAGCAGAGCUCUGUGGGCCACGGGAAAACAAAGCCCCAGGAAUCCUGGGCCCGCUCGUUCUGCAUGGGGCUUUUUAAAUCCCCCACGACUCCGCUGCCCCCCUCCCGCCCCCGCCUCGCACGUGGAGGAGGGGUUUCAAGUUCAAGGCUGCCGCUGAUAGGCGAGUGCUCCUGUAGGCGUGACCGUGGCUCCCACGGCCCCAGGGAGUAAGCCCGAGUGGUGGAACUGGGGCUCAGCGCAGUAAAGAGAGAGAGAAAGAGAGGGAUCUUUCCCCGUGUCCCGCGGGCUGUCAGGGGCAGCUUCCUAGUCCGGCCAAGUUUGGGAGAAAAGACUUUCUUUAAAAAGCCAUUAUGACGCGACUACUUUCCCGGGAGCACCAGCUCCUGGGCCUCAACUCCAUCAGAACUUACUAUGUCUCUGAAGAAUGAAACCCGAGUAAACACCUCUGCACUGCAGAAGAUCGCUGCCGACAUGAGCAACUUAAUAGAAAACCUGGAUACCAGGGACCUCCAUUUUGAAGGAGAGGAAGUGGAUUUUGAUUUAUCCCCAGAGGAUUCUAAGCCUGUGCGCAUCCCCUUCUCGGCUAUCUACCACACUCAAGGAUUUAAGGACCCCAACAUAACCACCUAUCUCACUGGGUGUCCCAUCAAAGCCCAGGUCCUAGAAGUGGAGCGAUUCACCUCAACAACAAGGGUACCAAGUAUUAAUCUUUACACUAUUGAAUUAACCCAUGGUGAAUUUACAUGGCAAGUAAAAAGGAAAUUCAAGCAUUUUCAAGAGUUUCAUAGAGAACUACUGAAGUACAAAGCUUUUAUUCGAAUCCCAAUUCCCACUAAAAGGCACACAUUUCGAAGACAAAAUGUCAAAGGAGAAGAACCAAGAGCAAUGCCGAGCUUACCUCGGACAUCAGAAAAUAUGGUCAGAGAGGAGCAGUUAUCCAGUAGAAGAAAACAACUGGAAGAUUACUUGACAAAGCUAUUAAAAAUGCCCAUGUAUAGAAACUAUCAUGCUACGACUGAGUUCCUUGACGUGAGUCAACUGUCCUUUAUCCAUGAUUUGGGACCGAAAGGCAUAGAGGGCAUGAUAAUGAAAAGAUCUGGCGGACAUCGAAUACCUGGUCUGAAUUGCUGUGGCCACGGAAGAGCUUGCUAUCGGUGGUCCAAGAGGUGGUUAAUAGUGAAAGAUUCCUUCUUACUCUACAUGAAGCCCGACAGUGGAGCCAUCGCAUUUGUCCUUUUGGUAGACAAAGAAUUCAGCAUUAAGAUGGGGAAGAAAGAAACCGAAACAAAAUAUGGGCUCCGGAUUGAUAAUCUUUCCAGGACACUGAUUUUGAAAUGUAACAGCUACAGACAUGCACGAUGGUGGGGUGGAGCCAUUGACGAAUUUAUUCAGAAACACGGUGCCAACUUCCUCAAAGAGCACAGGUUUGGAUCUUAUGCUGCGAUCCAGGAGAAUACCUUGGCCAAAUGGUAUGUGAAUGCAAAAGGGUAUUUUGAAGACAUUGCAAAUGCCAUGGAAGAAGCCAAAGAAGAGAUUUUCAUCACGGAUUGGUGGUUGAGCCCAGAAAUCUUCCUGAAACGACCAGUGGUGGAAGGAAAUCGUUGGAGACUAGAUUACAUCCUCAAACGGAAAGCACAACAAGGGGUGAGGAUAUUUGUGAUGCUCUACAAAGAGGUAGAACUGGCCCUUGGCAUCAACAGUGAAUACAGCAAGAGGACCUUAAUGCGCCUGCACCCCAACAUAAAGGUGAUGAGACACCCGGAUCAUGUUUCUUCCACUGUGUAUUUGUGGGCUCACCAUGAGAAACUUGUUAUCAUAGACCAGUCAGUCGCCUUUAUUGGUGGAAUAGACUUGGCCUAUGGAAGAUGGGAUGACAAUGAACACAGGCUGACUGACGUGGGCAGUGUCAAACGAGUCACCGUGGGACAGUCAACGUUUUCCCUCACAGGGGAGAUAGGGGAAUCCAAUGAAGACUUGAACCAGAAAAGGAAAAGAGAACUUAAAAUCAAUCUCCCAUUCCCAAAAAGCACUGAUGAGUCUGACUCUAGAAUGAAAGGUGUGGGUAAAGGAAGGAAAUUCUCAAAAUUCAGCCUUUACCGGCAGCUAUAUCGGCACAAUAUGGAAAAUGCCGAUAGCAUCAGCAGCCUUGAUAGUGCUUCAAGUUAUUUUAAUCACUGUAGAAGUCGCCAGCAUUUAAUUCGAGGGUUAAGGCCCCACUUGAAAUUCUUGCGCCAUUCCAGCGAGUCAGAACAAAGACUCGCAGGCUCUGGAGGUGAUACGGGAUCCAUCCGUAGUUUGCAGACAGGUGUUGGAGAGCUCCAUGGGGAAACUCGAUUCUGGCAUGGAAAGGACUAUUGCAAUUUUGUCUUCAAAGACUGGGUUCAGCUGGAUAAACCCUUUGCUGAUUUCAUCGACAGAUAUUCUACGCCACGAAUGCCAUGGCACGACAUUGCCUCUGUGGUCCACGGGAAGGCCGCCAGGGAUGUUGCCCGUCAUUUCAUCCAGCGAUGGAAUUUCACAAAGAUUAUGAAGUCAAAAUACCGAUCCCUUUCUUAUCCAUUCCUUCUGCCUAAAUCUCAAGCUACAGCCCAUGAGUUGCGAUAUCAGGUGCCUGACUCUGUUCCUGCCACAGUACAGUUACUCCGUUCUGCUGCCGAUUGGUCAGCUGGCAUAAAAUACCAUGAAGAGUCCAUCCAUGCUGCGUAUGUGCAUGUUAUAGAGAACAGCAAACACUACAUCUACAUAGAAAACCAGUUCUUUAUUAGUUGUGCUGAUGAUAAAGUUGUCUUCAACAAGAUUGGUGAUACUAUCGCACAGCGGAUACUCAAAGCUCACAGAGAGAGCCAGAGGUACCGAGUGUAUGUGGUGAUCCCUCUCCUACCUGGAUUUGAAGGAGACAUUUCGACAGGAGGUGGAAAUGCACUCCAGGCCAUCAUGCAUUUCAACUACAGAACUAUGUGCAGGGGAGAAAAUUCCAUCAUUGGACAAUUAAAAGCUGAAAUUGGCAAUCAGUGGAUAAAUUACAUAUCAUUCUGUGGACUUCGAACACAUGCAGAACUGGAAGGAAACCUUGUCACGGAGCUCAUUUAUGUUCACAGCAAGUUGCUUAUAGCAGAUGAUAACACUGUCAUUAUUGGAUCUGCAAAUAUAAAUGACAGGAGCAUGCUGGGAAAGCGUGAUAGCGAAAUGGCGGUCCUCGUGCAGGACACUGAGACUAUCCCCUCUGUAAUGAAUGGAGAAAAGUACCAAGCAGGAAAAUUUGCCCAGGGACUUCGGCUUCAGUGCUUCAGGGUUGUCCUCGGCUAUCUCUCAGAGCCAAUUUCAGAGAUUCUAGAUCCUGUGAGUGACAAAUUCUUCAAGGAGGUCUGGAUCUCAACAGCGGCUCGGAAUGCUACCAUAUAUGACAAGGUAUUCCGAUGCCUUCCCAACGAUGAGGUGCACAAUCUCAUACAGCUCCGGGAGUUCAUUUCCAAGCCAAUAUUAGCAAAGGAGGAGCCCGGACGAGCAGAGGAGGAAUUAAAAAAGAUCCGUGGGUUCCUCGUGCAAUUUCCUUUUUAUUUCUUGUCUGAAGAAAACUUGCUGCCUUCUGUGGGAACAAAAGAAUCCAUGGUGCCCAUGGAGGUCUGGACUUAGGAGGAAUGAAGAUGUCUUCCCUGGUCCCCAUCUCCUUUCUCUCCCCACCGAAGAGAUCCCUGCCAGUCUACCUGGCAUUUUUAAAGAACAUGCCGGGUAUUUAGAUGGUCCAGACAGAAAAAGGCACAACUAGAGUGUUAGGAAGACACUAAAAGUCAGAACCAGACAAUGACUUAAAUAACAGAAUGUGUUAGACACAUCUUAGGACAUUGACUUGAUUGGUGAUGUGACAUUUGAGAGCGGGAUUCCCACAAGAGGAAGUAAAUGAUCCCAAGUGGGGACAGGGAAGUUGUGCCUGCAAAUGCUGCAGGGUGGCCGGAGGGGCCUUGAACCUGCUUCCUCUUCUGUGACUGCUGGAGCUGCUCAGGUCCCACAAGCCAUCAAGGUGCAGUUGGAGAUGUAUUCUGCACUCAAAGACAAGUUUGCUUGCUGCUGCUGACAGCCCACAAGUGGUCCUUGGCCACCCAUUCCCAAAGUAAUAUUGUUCAUCCAGCAAGAGGAUUAGCAAUCAUGUCACUUUGUUAAGCCUUGUUGGCCCUUUCUCCUUUUCAAGGAAAGAAAGGGCAGAGUAGACUUUUUCUCUUAUUGCAAUCCCAUGUUAGGUGCUGCCUUCCCCCCAACCUGCAAACAUUGCUGUUGUUUGUCUGGCCUUAAAGCCCCAAUAAGAGAGGAUUGGAAGUUGUAAAGAGAAAAAAAAACUGGGUUUCCUAUCAGGAAAAAGUUUGAAUAAUGAGAGCUGGCUAGAAGUAGAACGAAUGAACCAUCUAGAGAAAAGGAGAUCUCCAAAUAGAGACUGGAGGACCACCGAUUGAGUAUACUGGAGUGAGGAGUUCUUUGGUGUAUAAGCUGAUGAGGUGGCCCAGGAGCACGGGAUCCAACUCCCAAAUUCUGAGAAUAGAUUUCUACAGUGUUGUUGUCAAUCCAGGCAUUAUUAAAGUGGGCCACUGGGACAAAGGUGGGCUGACCGACUGAAUUUGAAAACAUUAUACUAUCUCCAUUCAUUCUUAAAACUGGAGUGCGAACAAAGCUCUUUAGAGCCUCCGUGGAGGUCCUAUGCACAGAUCAAGGAGGAGAGGAAGCCUCUUAAAAUCCUAUAAAAGUUCUUUGUCUGUCACCAUUGUUGGCCUUUGAAAUUUUACAGUUUGCCAUCAAAAUAGAAAAAGCAUUUUUUUUUUUUAAGGAAAAUCAGCCCUUGCACAAUCUGUGCUUUGUUAACAAGUCAGAACCACAGUUGUGGCUCACACCUUCAUCCUGUCUUCAUGAACAUUCAGAAGGGAACCGCAUGCCAUGUAUAUCUCUUGGAGUAGCGAAGAAACAUUCCAUAAAGGUUAGCCAGGGGAUCCUUCAUGUCCCCAUCCGGCUGUCCUUCAUUUACUUCACCAUGGGUGUGAGGAGUGGCCAAAAGGCUUUUAGAAGGAUGCCAUACACUUCAACUCUGAGUGGACUGAUUUCCCAAAGGGCAUCCCAUUGCCACCAAAAGAGAAGUCUACAUGGAUUCCCAAAAUCCCCAAUUUACCCAUUGUUAACGUUGGUUUUAUCAAAUGUGGUGCUAUGAAAUAAGCACAAAAAACAGUAAGACAUUGCCCUUGACUCAAUGAGCAUAAAACUGAGGAUGUGUGCUCAGAGAGAUAACUAAUAACAUAUUGAAGGUGGUAUCAUAAGAUUUAGAUUGAAAAGUCAGACUAACCCCCUCAUUUUGCAGAUAAAGAAACUGAUGCUCAGAAUGCUGCAGAAUAAUAAAUAGAAGAAUCAAGAUAUAAAACCCAUGUUCUCUGAGCUGAGCCAAAUUUGCCAUUUGGUUUGGGUUCUGUGUAGCAGGAAAGAGGGAGAGGACCUGGGAAAGCCAAGUUUUAAAUGGUGGCUUAGAAAAGAUUCAGUACACAAAUUGAGAUCACAGAAUCACAAGAUCAUGGAUUUAGAGCUGCAGAGGACCCUCUACGCUAUCAAGUCCAGCUUGCUAAUUUUCAGAUGAGGAAACUGAGUCACAGAGAGGUUAAUUGGUUUCUUCAGGAAAACACAAUCAGCAAGAAGUCAUGAAUGGGUAUAAUUGGAGGAAAAGAUUCAUGUAUAAACUGGGACCACAUGAGAAUGAAAUAUAAUUAUAAAUACAUAAUCCACAUGACAAAGUCACUUACAGAUUUAGCAGUAGGUGACACCUCAGAGAUUAUCUAUUUCUUUUCUCUACUUUUACAAAAUUGAGGAAACUGAGACCUAGGAAAAUUAAGCCAAUUAACAUGCAGGUAGGAAGGAGCAGAAUACGGUUUGAACUCAGAUCAUAUAGUUCCAAAGUUAGGGCUCAUUUUGCUGCACCACAGUGCAGCAAAGUAACUGUUAGAUCUGGGAUCUGAUCUCUGACUCUCUGCUGCUAAACCUAGAACUUUUUCCAUGAUAAUACACUACAUGUAGAUAUUCCAAUGCUGAUGAGGUGAUUGAAACCCAGAGAUGUUCAUUUGACUCUCCCAGAGUGCCCCAGAUUUGGACUUAAACCGAUUCUUCUGACUCCUACUCCCCAUGCCAACACACGGAUGAAAGAGAGCAACAAAAAGGAGUAAUGUUGAGCCUUAGCCCAGCCUUCUUCCUGCUGGCAUCCAGUUAGAGUUUCUUUCACUUGCCUUGUUUACAACCCUAAAAAAUGAAGAAUGGUUAGUGCCACUUAUCCCAGAAAGUGGGAUAUUCAUGGGUGUGUGUGUGUGUGUGUGUGUGUGUGUGUAUCUUUGAAUUGCAUCCCAUUUUGUAUAUUAUCCUGAAGGAUUGCUUUUGAACCAUACAACCCUCAGCAUCUGCCCCACUAAUCAUGUGCAAGGGCUGGGGGAGGAUAUCAGCCUAAAUCAUUCUGUGACAGUACUGUUCUUCCCAAACAGAAACAAUUAAGUUUCCCUAAAGCCCAGUCUUUAAAAAAUACAUACCCAGGAAACAUCUGGCUUAAUCUUCAGCAUGCAAGUAAUUCAGAGUGCUGAAAAGCUACUAUUAACCUUUUUGACAUUUCGAAUGGACUAUAAACUUAAUAGAUGUGUAUGGCAAGAUACCUGCAACUCUGAUGUUCUGUGCAAAAAUACAUCUCUUGUCAGGAAGGAUGGAGCCUGUUGUUAAAGAAAUAGAUGAGUUAAAUGUAAGAGUAUGGUUAUGGCCACCACAUGGCCCUGAGCAAACCAGUUCCAAAAGGUGAAUCUUAAUGGAUUGUGAUCGAGCAGAAGAUUUGUAAUUGUCCCCAUUUGAUACUAUAGAUUGCAAUGCAACAGACCCUCCAUCAGGUCUUCCUAAGACCUGAUCUCACAGUACUGCCUUAAAGGGUACCAUAUUUUGUUUGUACAUCCUAGGACCACUAUGAAGAGUUUAUUUUUUUAAAGCACCAUAGCCUGAGCAAUAUCCUUUCCUUAAGCCUCAGUCUCUAGAUAAUUCAUCUCUUUCAGAUUUUCUAAAUCAUUUUAGUGUUUCAUCAAUUACCAGUCUUCCAAAAGUCCCAAGGAACAUUUUUGCGAUUACAGACAUGUCAAAAGGAUAGACAUUAUAAAUAACAGUUAGAUAAUUUAUACUCCUGAGAUCCAAGAUUACGCAUAGAGACAAUAGGAUAGAUCAUUUCCACUUCCAAGCUCCAUUAUUUCAUCAAUGUUUGGGCACACCCUCCAUUGAUGUAGAUCACAAUCCCCUUGAUACUUAAUAAAUGGUUUCAUUAGUUUCUGUCUUUCCCUCCCUCCCCUUCAAAAAAGUUAAUGUUUCAUAGAGUGACUAAAUUUCUGGUAGAGUGAGCCUCUGAAUUGUGCUAGUCCUUGGGUGAUUGACACAGUUGGUCCUACUUAUACUUUCCGAUCUAAGUGGAAUCUUUGAAUUUGAGUUUCAUUACCAGAGUUUGGGAGAUAACUUGAUAACUUAAUGGAGGGAUAAAUUUAUAUUACAUAAUUAUUAACCCAGGGAUAUAGAGCUGGAGAAGAUCUCAGAGGCCAUCUUGUCCAACAUUAUACAGAUAGUAAAUUAGUCAUUUUCAAGGGAUGUAUGUGUGUGUGUGCGCACACACAUCCACACAUAUAUUUCUCUCCCCAGGCAGCUACUUAUGCUUUUUUUUUAAGCCAGCAAGGAUUUCAGCAUGUCUACCAAAAAAGGUACCUCCAGUGGAAUUUCUCUGACUGAACACAUACUUCUUAAGGGCUGUAUUCCUGGUGUAUUUAUAAUGUUAGUUCUUUUGUAUGUAUUUGAAUCACAGAUACUGGACUCAAUGAUUUUCCACUGUUAAAAUAAAAAAAGAUGGAUGAGAUCCCAAUGAAUUGUGUAAUGAAUAAAAUAACUUUUUAAAAAAUCCUUCUAUCAUGUGGCAUUUUGGUAAAUGUGUGUCACCUUCCCUGGCCCCUAAUCUCUUGGGGCCAUUAAGAGGAUGCUAAAGGGCAUUUUAGAUUGGCUAGAUGAGUCAUAGCAACAUAGAUUUAAUUUUUUUUAAUUUUUUAAAGUAUCUCCUCAAGUCCAUUCCCAAGAGAUUAUUUGUAGAGUAUAGGUAGGUACGAUCUAGUCCCAUGCCUGAAAAAUGAAGGUCAGAGAUCUGGAAUUCAUCCAAGAAGCAAUUUCAGUGGCCUCUUUCUAAAGGGAGAAUAAAUUGGUUAUUGCCUUUUUAUGCCAUAACUUGUUUCUAAUGAUGGUUAUACCAAUUAAGGUUAGAAAGUUUAACUAUAUGAAUAAUGUUUUUAGGUUAAUUUUUUAAAGACUCUUUUAGACUUUUCCAUUAUUCUAUGUGAAAUUUAUUUUUAACUUUAAAUGAAAGGUUUAUUUGUUGGAGAAAUGAAAAGACCAGGCUGGAAUGAUCAUUUUCAACUCUGUUGACCAAAUGUCUUUAUUGUACCAGUUUAGAAUACACAAUAAGAAAAAGUAUUAAAUUUCACUUAGGGGUUAGUGAAAAUAAAGAUGGAGUCCAAGUUAUGAAUUCCUAAUUUAAUUAAAUCCUAAGAAAAAGGCAUUGGAAAAGUUCUUGAUCAAAAUCCAAGCAAAAUGUACAAUUUUAUUCUUUCUCCCUCUUCCUCCUUUCCUUCCUUGCCUUCCUCCCUUCCUCCCUCAGUUUUUUCUUUCCUCCUUCCCUUUUCCCCUUCCUCCUUUCUUUCUCCCUCCUUCCUUCUUUUCCCUCCCUUCCUUUCCUUCUUUCCUUCCUUCCUUUCCUUCCUUUCCUCCCUCCUUUCCUUCCUUCCCUUCCUUCCCUUUCUUCCUUUCUUUCUUUUUCUCUUCAAUAUUUACACAACUCUGAUGACUCAGCCUCUAUUAGUCAUGUGUUCUGAAGUUACACUGUUUGGGAACUAUAUAUCGAAAAGCCCCUGUUCUCUGUACUCUGCCUAGAUUGUCUUAUUCAAGAGGGGCCUAGAUAUGACCACUGGCACCAAUACACUCCUGUAGCACUUUUAAAAACCAAUUUCCAUUGAUAUCUUUUGCUUAAACAUCAUCCCUGGAGAACCAGGCCUCAUAUGAGUGAAAAAAAAAAUUAAAGGUUAUAUUAGCCUGGAUAACUUUAAAAAGUCUAACCUUUUCCACCUCAUAGCUUCCCACUUGUAUGAAGAAGUGGGGUAUCAUAAUUUCUCUUUUUCCUCCCUGCGGUCGGCUUGUUCCUUUUGAAUUGUUGGCAUCGAGACAAAGCCCUAUCUGCCGCUAUACCAUUGGAAAACCUGAUCCAUCAUGUGCUCAGCUUUUUCCACUUCAGCCCCGAGCCUCACCUCAGGGUAGGGCAAAGUGAUAGACAAAAUGUUGGAGCAAAAAACAUCCUCGGGGCUCAGUACUACUCUCCUUCCAAUCUGGCAGAGAGACUUUCUAAUAGCCAGCACGGGCUCAUCAGAGGAACCCAGGACCAAAAUGGGGCUCACAGUUAUGUGUCUACUUUAUGUUCAGCAAUCUGACUAAGGCCAAACAAGAGUUUCAAAAAUAAUUUGUUUUUUAUCACUUGUUUUGUUUAUCACUUUUUUGCGUCAAAAUUAUUUGUUAUUUGGGAUGACUUUCUGGGAAGGGAGAGGAAGAUAGAAACAAAAAGAAAUUUAAGCGUUGUAAAAAUAAAAUCAAUAAAAAUGCAUUUAAAAAAA